AUGGGGGAUGAUAGCUGGAGGAGCAUCGUGGACAAAGAAAUUGCGAAUGAAGCUUCGUCAGAGAAGGAUGAUGGUUUUGAGGAUUUCCGUCAACUGGUAGCUACUUCUCGAAAGCAAGCCACGGAUACGUCAAUUGUCUCGUCCGGGUAUGGGGGUUUACUGUGUGGCAGAUUCAAGAACGUUCCAGAUACCGAUAGCCUCAACAGUGGCGUGAUUAUUGACAUGGGCCUCUCCGCUAAAGUUGGACUUCUUUGCUACAAUAUUCAGAAGGUUCUUCUUUCUUCUUCUUACCCUCUUUUAUUGCACACUUUCUCAUGUCGACUUAUAUAUCAUCAUCUCACAGACUACAAGUUUGUCUUUGUGAGAAAUGCAGAUACUGAUUAUAAUUCGGGCUACGAGACGGGUUUCACCAAGUCGUACAUCACAGUGGUGGGAGUGAAUCAAACCGACAAUUCUCCAAUCGCUUUUCAGACGUACGUUAAUCAUAACGAUCAAGUAGUUGGGAACAACAUGGACCAAUGGUGGGAGACGUGCAUUUGCAGGCUGGAAGGUAGCGAAGAGGCUGAUACUGAGUGGAACUAUGAAGCAAUAAGUGAUUAUUACAAAGGUGAAAUCCCCCAAUGGUUGUCUGAUGAGGAUAAGCAACGAUGCUAUGUGGUUAAAGGGUCAGAGCUGGAGGACAUGGACAAUAUGUGGCUGCAUCUCCUCACUGAGAUUGCGUUCUACACAAACUGGAAUGGAUCGCUUGGUCCGGAUUUUAUUGCGGAAUACCCACCAAUGUUGACGACUCAAGAGGUGGUUGUGGAAACUCGAGAAGAAGUUGAUGAGGCAGAGCCGCGUGAUAAGCUCAAAGCGCCCAAUGCAAUCUUCUACGUAAGCUUUCAGUGUAGUGAGGAUCCAGAGACAGAUUAUGCAAUCGCCAUCGGCGCAUUCGCCAGCGCCGAUAACCAAGCUGACAACGGCAAUAACCCUUCCGUCUUCCUCUACAACACUCUCAUCUCCUCCAUCGUCUCUAACCACCAAUCCACUCAAACCCAUCUCGCGUUUUCUCUCUACGCUCGGAUUUUAACCUCUAGAUCCGCCGCGAUCAGACCCAUCCAAUUCACCUACCCUUCUCUCUUCAAAGACUCUGGCUUUCAACCAUCGGUGGCAUCGCCAUGGAAGAGCUCUUCAUGCCCAUGUUUUGAAAUUCAUCGAACCAGUUAA